AUGACCGCCGCUGCGGCGCCCACGAAUAAGCCCUCUACUCCUAAAGCUACGCCGGUAGGUUGGGCAUGGUUGGGGGCGUUGCUUGCGAUAAUGCUUGAUACCGAGCUGGCUACCGAGCUCGGGAGACCGCUCGUAACAGACGCGACGAUGCUGCUUCCUGGGCGAGUGGCCGUAGCAGUGAUAGAGCUGAGUUCCGAGGACAGCGAAGACCGCAAGGACGAGGCCUCGGAAAGGAGGGAUGAUGAUAUGGCGGAGGAUUCGCUGGCGGACGCGCUCGCUGAAAUGGAGGAAGCCACGGAGGAAGCUGAGGAGGCCAGCGAGGACGCGACGGAAGAGACAAUCGACGACGCGGAACUGCCGCAAAGGCGAUUUCUUACGACUGAGCUUGAGACUGAGCUUUGGGCGUAUACGGGCGAAGCCGCCAAGCACAGGGCAACGGACAGAGAAGCUGCGUUGAUUUUGAACUGCAUCUCGCUAAGUAUCGUUGAGAUAAAAAUGGGAUAG